AAAACCAGAUCCCAAAACCCUCACGCACCCUCAGUCAGAGUCGCUGUGAUAAAGCUCUAGAGCUUCCUCCCUGGAGCCUCUUCUAACAGAUGGAGAUGAUGCUGACCUUUGCCCUCGCACUGUGCGUUCUCUUGCCGCUCGCACGUGGAGUGCCGCCAGGGUUCCAGGUGCGUCUGGUGGGUGGGUCAGGAGCACACGAGGGCCGCCUAGAGGUUUAUCAUGCUGGCGAGUGGGGCUCGGUGUGUGAUGACGAGGUGAAUAUCAACCUGGUUAAUGUGGUCUGCCGAGAACUCGGGUACGGACAAGGCCUAACGUGGGUACACAGUGCCAAGUUUGGACAGGGACGAGGUCAUAUUUGGUUGGAUAAUGUGGUGUGCAAAGGCACGGAAACUUCACUCUCCGACUGUCUCUUUAAUGACUGGGGUGUAAAUGAUUGCACACAUGCUGAAGACCUGGGGGUUGUUUGUAGCCAAGAGGGCCCACGCCAGGGCCAUGUCCCCCGCUACAGUGAACCCACACAGCCUGCUGCCACCGAACCUCGCUCACCAGAGAGUGUAUCCAGCAGGCGAGGCCAUGAGAUUGCCCUGAACAGAAACUCUGCCCAGGGCUCAUCAGGCUCAGUGCCACAACUGCACGGCCAUCAAAUCCAAUUGCGCAGGAACGGCCAUAGUGGCUCACGCAGGCAAGAAAAUACUGUGCCACAAGGACAUGAACUGCCCAAUUACCUACGCAGCGGGACAACGUACAGACGCAAUCAGGACAGUCAACCCAGACCAUCAGGACAGUCCUCUGGACCUGAAAGAUCUAGAUCUCCACAAUCUGGUCCAGUGCCCAGGCCAGAGCAAUCAGAUCCCAAUGUAGAGCAUGACAACAGAAUGAACACUGAUUUCACAAACACUGUGGAACAGAGUGUUGGAAGAGGGAGUUUGGAAGAGGUUCGACUCCGCCCUGUUUUGCCUGGUACUCGCGGCACUGCAAUGGUAAUGGAAGGGGUGCUUGAAGUGAAGCAUGCUGGGAGAUGGAGACAUGUGUGUAACCUUGGCUGGAACUUGAGCAGUAGUAAAGUGGUGUGCGGGAUGCUGGGAUAUCCAAAAGCAGAGCAGCACAAUGAGCGCUUGUACAAGAAACAGUGGGAAUCUAAGAUGAUGGAUCCAGCCACACGGUCUGCAGUCAGUAAAAAGGGUUAUUGGGUGGAAAAGGUGAAGUGCACAGGAGCAGAGAACUCCUUGGCACAAUGCCAGACUCAACUGUCUUUUGCACGUAGUGACACGCCGUGUAUUGGGGGGAUGCAUGCUGUGGUGCGCUGUGUACCUGGUCCACAGUUCUCCCACAUGUCCAGCUCUGGACAGCCUCGAGCGACACCCACCUCUCAGACAGUACGUCUGAAAGCAGGACCCAGGCUUGGAGAGGGACGUGUAGAGGUGCUGAAGGAAGGGAAAUGGGGGACGGUGUGUGAUCACCUGUGGGACCUGACUGCUGCCAGCGUAGUGUGUAGGGAGCUGGGCUUCGGCACUGCCAAGGAGGCACUGAGAGGCGCAUACUUGGGCCAAGGAACGGGUCCGAUCCAUAUGAACUCAGUGCAGUGUACUGGCCAGGAAAGCUCCAUAAGGCAGUGUAAAUAUCGGGAGGUUCCGCUGUAUACCUGUAAACACAGCCAGGAUGUUUCUGUUCGCUGCAACGUUCCCAAAACUGGCCUGUCAGCUACGGUACGUUUGGCAGGAGGGAGAGAUCCUUUGGAAGGAAGGGUGGAGGUCUUGAUAGAUGGGCGCUGGGGGACAGUGUGCAGUGAGAACUGGGGCAUCAAUGAGGCCAGAGUGGUCUGCAGACAGCUUGGCAUGGGCUUUGCAUCUUCAGCCCACCAGGAGACCUCGUACUGGUUUGGGAACCCGAACGCAGAGGAGGUUGUUCUCACUGGUACUCAUUGUAUUGGGACGGAGAUCUCCAUCCAGCAGUGUAGGAGGAACGAAUAUGUUUACUGUCCUCGUGGAGGCGGAAUCAAAGCAGCCGGUGUUACCUGUGCAGAGACUGCACCAGACUUGGUGCUGGACUCUCAGCUGGUCCAGGAGUCAGCAUACCUGGAGGACCGUCCUCUUCACCUGCUCACCUGUGCCCAUGAGGAGCGCUGCCUUUCGUCCUCUGCCGCCCACAUGAACUGGCCCUAUGGCCACCGGCGCCUGCUGCGCUUCUCCUCACGGAUCAUGAACCUGGGACGUGCAGACUUUCGGCCACGGGCCGGACGCGAGUCCUGGGUCUGGCAUCAGUGCCACAGACACUACCACAGCAUCGAGGUGUUCACACACUACGACCUCCUGACCAUGAAUGGUACAAAGAUCGCAGAGGGACACAAAGCCAGCUUCUGUCUGGAGGACACAUACUGCCCCGAAGGCCUGCACAAGCGGUAUUCCUGCUAUAACAUGGGGGAUCAGGGCAUUUCUGUGGGAUGCUGGGAUACGUAUCGCCAUGACAUUGACUGCCAGUGGAUCGAUGUGACUGAUGUCAGGCCUGGAGACUACAUCUUCCAGGUGGAGGUGAACCCCUCACUGGACAUGGCCGAGUCUGACUUUGAGAACAAUGUGAUGCGAUGCAGAUGCAGGUACGAUGGUGGGAGAGUCUACCUGUACGGAUGUCAUGCAGGUGAUGCAUACAGCACGGAGGUUGAGGACCUGUUUGAACACCAGCAGCAGAUCUCCAACAACUUCCUCUAACGAAUGGAAGGAGAGGAAACCAGGAAAGCAGAAACUCUCCUUCGUCAUCCUCUCACCCUGCCUCUGGAUGGAGGGGAAGGAGAAGGAGAAGGUGGCUAAUGCAUACAGAUUACAGGCUGAGGGGUUUCUAGAGAUUUUAUUUAAGUUUCAUUGACAGUCAGGUGAAUCCGUCGAAGUAGGACCAGAUCCAGAAUUCUGGGUAAUUUUUAUCCAGCUCUGAAUAACUGAUCUGUUUAUAAUCUGGAUGGAGUGUGUUCAGGUAAACAUAUAUAAAUGAACCAAUCUUAAGAGCAGUAAUUCUGGCAAAACAAGAUAAUCUAAUAUUAGAUUAAAAUAUUAUAGGAGUAGAACAGAGUAUAUAAGAUAAAUGGGGAAAAUGUAGGAAAUGGGAAAAUAAGGAUUUUUUUUUUUUUUGCCACAGACGAAAAAGAACAGAUUAUGCACGUAGAACAGGAACGUUCAGAUGUCCACCCUUGCUGUCAUGUUAUUGUUGCCAUGGCAACGAGUGAAUUUCUUAUUUUUUAACCUCUAAAAAGCAGUAACUUUCUUUAGAUUUAAAGUGUUAUUUGACCACUGGUCCCCACCCUGAGAAAAACAACUAAACCUAAUGGUAUUAACAGCAGCAGUGUUAAUAAAUAAAUUCCCUCUCUGCAUUUUGCUGCAGCUCAAGCAUUUUUGCUUUUGAACCCUGAUUUUCAUCAAACAUGAUCACUCAAGAGCUUCGGUAUUCUUUUCAUCUGCAUUGCUUGUGUUCUCUAGAUAUUCCCUGGCCUGACCUUUCAGAGCUGUAGGUUUCUCACGCAUACUUUAUUUUGCAACAUUCAUACUGAAUAUUUAUGAUCCCAGUUUCGUGUCAAUGAUCUUUCCGGAUUUCAUGCAUAAUAAAUGAACCCAUAAUUAGUACAGGUUUAGUGUAGCAGCUGGACAUCUCAUAGCACUUUUUACCUAAAUAGUGCUUUGCUUAUUAGCUGGUUUUGAAACAUCGACCCCGGAUAAUGUAUCUGAACACAGAGCUGAUAGCAUUACAUUAAAAGAUUUUGCCAUAAGUUUGUGAUACAUCAUAGCUGCUCAUUAUCACUUGAGCCCAGGUACAACCCCUACAGGACUCUUCAUAGUCGCAGUGUUUCAGCUCUCAUGGUGCUCGAUUAGGGAACACGUGGAGACACACAGGAAUAAAGCGGAUCGUCGUAGAUCCUCGGAUGUGUCGGUGCUAUGUUUGACCAUUUGAUAAGUAUGUAUGUGCUUCAUCAUAGAUGUAUUGUCAUGUACAGAUUUAUUUGAAUCAUGAUUUAUAUAUAUUAUGGUCUGUAAUUUAUGACCUUUUGAUACUUUUGUUAUUGCAAUUUUAUCUCGGUGAAAAACAGCAGGUCAGUGAAUUUUAUUUUAGAUGGUUCCAUCACUAAUACUUGAAAAUAAACAUGUUAUGUCUAAUGUAUUAUAUUUGCAAGAAUAAUUUUGCAACUGUCAAAUUUAUGAGUGAUUGAUAUGAUCAGUCAGUCAAUUCCAGGUAGUGCCACAAGGGGGUGUGAAUCGUAUCUGAAGGUAUGUGAAACAAUACAGCUGGAAAAGGGGGAAAACAAGUGUCCACUACUUCAAAGUUUUAUAAUUUAGUAAUCUUGGUGGAUGCAUAAUUAUGAUAGAAAACUCAGUGUGCAAACGUAUUCACCUUCACUGGUAUGUUCUUCCACAGUAUUCUGAAAUGCAAAGCCAUAGUGUUUCCAGUACUGCCAGCUGGAGAGCAAGGCACAGCAGGAUUCUUUGAAAAUCUUAUUUAAAUGCCUCAAAACCGUAUGAGUAAGCCUGUAGAAAUAUAAUUAAUGCUCACCAUAAAGUUCUGGAUUAGGCUUUACAAAAAUAUUAAAAUCAAACAAACAUUGAACAUCCUGUAAAGCAACAUUACAGCUAUAAUUAACAAGCGGAACAGGAAUGUGUUAGAAAAGCUAAAUCAAACCUCGAUUUUUUUUUUCACCAAAAAAAACAAAAAAACACAUUAGAUGGUGACAACUGGCCGAGUUUGCCGAGAAGAAUAAGCAUAAACCUCAGGAUCAAUAAGUGAAGAGCUAAUUAGGGACAAUUGUAGCUAAAAGGUGGUUAAUAAAACUGGGUAAAUACUUGUGCAACCAAAAAAUGGCUUCUGUUUUCUUUUCCAAA